AUGGCGCCUUGGAGGAUACGUGCUACCAUGGACGAGAUUGACGUUGCUCGUAGAUAUGCCGGACAUCCGACGAUAUUCUCUGUCCGAUUACACCAUGGUGGACAGUUUACAAAGUUCCCUGGAAGAAAGUACAUCAAAGGAAAGCAAAAUUAUGUUGACUUACUAGACAUUGACACCUUUUCCAUUCACGACAUUGACGAGAUGAUGGAGGAACUUGGGCAUAUUGAUUCAGACGAAACACUACUCUAUUAUCAUUUCCUGAGACCAUUUGGCGAUUUGGAUUUUGGGUUAUUUGCUUUGGGUUCAGAUCAGGAUGUUCAUCAUCUGGGUACGUAUGUUGCUAACCAUAAGCUAAUAGAUGUAUAUAUUGAGCAUGGGAAAACAAAUUUACAUACUUAUUCUAUGUCCCCCAACCCUAGUAAGGUUAAAAUUGUUGAAAUUAAAGAGCCACCAUCUUGCUCCAAACAGUUGUUCUUGGAGUGGAAUGACUCUCCAAUUGAGCAUGAGAGUGUUCCAGACCUAACAGAAGUUGAGAAUGAUAGUCAUUUGGACAAAGAACCAUCUUUGGUCGACCAUAUUGAAUUUGAAAUGAAUGUAGAGAAUGAGGAUGAUUAUGAUGGUAGUGGACACAACAAUGGCAGUGGAAAUGAUGAGUUUGAUGAUGAUAGUGAGAGUGAAGAUAGUGAUUUUUUUAUUGAUGAGGACAAUCUCAUACACGAUGUUGAUGUGGAUAUGAAAGAUUUCCAUAUGAACAUUGACAAGGAUGUAGAAUGUGUUGGAGGUUCUUCUGAAAGUAAUGUACCUGAAGAUACACAACAAGGUGACUUAGAAGUGAUCAGCACAGAGAUUUUGUUGUCUGGGUCUUCAUCAGAUGAGGCAAAUGAUGGUAAGCGAAGGAAAACUAUUAAGGCCAUACAGAGGGCUUAUGAAAAUGAUGCAGCUUUGGUUAGUGAGCCCUUCUACAUUUUUCAAACUUUCAGUUCAUCUAAGGACUUUAAGACACAAGUGAAACUACAUUCCAUAAGAACAAGAAGGGAAAUACAAUUAGAGAAAAAUGAUAAGAAUAGGGUUAGUAAGUGGAAGCGUGACAUAGAUUGGAUGGUUAAGACAUACACGAAGGAGCAUCGAUGUCUACAAACAAGGAAAGUCAAAGCAUGUGACUAUAAGUUCCUUUCAGAGCAUAUAGUACAAGUUAUUGAGACAAACCCAAAGAUUCCUAUUAGGGCUUUACGAGAGCAACUCCAACGUGAGUACCAGAUGGACAUUUCGCAUAUGAAAACUUUUAGGGCAAAGCAGCAAGCUUUAAAGCAUGUUCAAGGAGAUUAUGCCAGCCAAUACAGGUUGUUAAGGGAUUAUGUUUUAGAGGUACAAGCACGUAACCCAGAUACUACGGUUAAAAUUGAUGUUGAAAGUGAAGCGAAUCCAACUGUUGAGACAAGAACAUUCAGGCGUAUCUAUGUUUGCAUUGGAGCUUUGAAGUGA